AUGAGAGCAGAUCAACCAAAAGCAUAUUGGAAUAUUAAAUUUUUUAAAAGAAUAAGAGCAAUAAUAUAUACAAAACUGCAUGGAGCAACUAGAAGACUAUUAACAACAAACUCAAAUGUAAAUUGUUACUUUAGAAUAAUAGCAAACCAAAAUGAAUUAAAUACUCUAAAAGACCCAUAUAGUUAUUCAAUAACACCUAGAUUUGACUAUGCUCAAGAUGAUUGGUAUGAUUCAGAAUUAAACCAAGAAGAAUAUGCAAAACAAUUAAAUAUGAUACUAAUCAAUUUCAACUACCAAAUAAUAGCAGAAAAACCAAUAACUAAAGAAGCAUGUUUUGAAGAACUAAAUACUAUAUUUCAUAUAAAUAUAAAGCUAGAUGCUUUAAAUGCCAACAAUAUAGUCAUUUUGCAAGAGAUUGUAUUAAUAAAAGAAAAGAAUCUUUUAACCAAUUCAAAUUCAAAGAAAUGCCAAAAAACUUUUCUAAAAUAUUCAAAUAAUCAUGUCAAUAUUGCAAAAAGUUUCUAUCAAAACAUGAAAAAACAUGUUCAAAAAACAAUGAAAGAUAUUACAACAGAUCAAGAA